AUGCCCUCAGAGAUGACUGCUCCCACACAAUCACUUUUCGCUGUUCCAGAUCAUAUCGACGAAGCAGCAAAGCGCGAACCAGAUGCGAUUUGGGCGCUGAUACCGCGAUCCAACACAAGUCUCAAACUCGGUUGUUAUCAAUACAAGUACGCGGAACUGGCAAGGGCAGUUGACGAUCUCGAAUGGUGGAUAGAGAAGGAAGUGGGAAUCCCUGGCCAUAUAGGCCAGACGAUCGGUUACAUGGGUGUGAACGAUCUCAACUAUCUUCUCGUGCACGCCGCGACGCUAAAAGUUGGCUAUGUUCCGCUUUUUGUCUCCCCACGAAACUCGAUCGACGGCUAA